GCAGAGAGUCGAUUCAUACCGCAGACAGUAGGGGAAGAGUCGGCAUCUGCAAAGCUGCAGCUGACGGACAUAAUAACCCGCAUGGUUCACAUCCACGGAUCCGUGCACCAUCAUCAACAACAACACCACCACCCUGCCUUGUUUUUCUAUUACUCUGGAUCUCCAAAAGGGAAACUAGAGGUGAGGUGAAAUAGCUUUUUUUUUUGCGCUUGGAGCCGUGGAGUUAUAUAAGAGCAGAGGAAGCAUCGGAGCUGGUGUGACUCAUUGAUAAAUAACACGGGCUCUCUCCGACCAGAUGCAUGAAUGAGCGCCAGUGUAUAGGCAACCUGCAGUCGGGAAAUCUGUGAAGGAGACCCGCGCUUUGAUUCAUCAGUCUCUCGUCCCAAAGAGUACGGGACAUUAAAAAGGACAUUUGGAGUGAGAAUUUAUUCGUCUGAUUUUGCAUUUUUAUUUUUGCACCAAAAAAUCGCCCGUGUUGCCAAGGGCCCCUCCAAGUAGCGGAUUGGACUGAGAAAAAAAAAGAAAAAGAAGACAUAUUUUUUUGGGUUGCUGCAGCCAGAAAGUCUCCAGCACACCCCUCAAAAAAACCUCGCUUUUUCCAAAUCAUUUUUUAAAAACUCCUGCUUAUAAAUGCUUGACAAGCUCAAGCCCGUAGUCCAGCUCGACACGGUCAUGGCGAUCAGCAAGACGGUGGGCUGGCUCCGGGAACAGCUGGAGACGCGCAGGGACGGCCUUUUGGUGAUGGACUGCCGGGCCCAGGAGCUCUACGAGUCGUCGCACGUAGAGUCGUCUAUCAAUGUGGCCAUACCGAGCCUCAUGCUCCGCAGACUCAAGAAAGGCAACCUGCCCGUCCGGUCGCUGCUCUCAGACGGCGAGGACCGGGAGAGAUUCGUGCGUCGCUGCAAGACGGACACCAUAGUGCUGUACGACGAGUACAGCCGGGAGUGGAACGAGAACGUGGACGGGGGCUCCGUCUUGGGUUUGCUGCUGAGGAGGAUGAAGGACGAAGGCUACAGGGCCUAUUAUCUGGAGGGUGGCUUCAGUAAAUUCCAGGCAGAGUACCCUGGUAUGUGCGACACCAAUCUUGACGGCUCCUCCAACAGCAGCUCCCCCACAGCUCACGUACUUGGCCUCGGCGGGCUCCGGAUCAGCUCUGACUCUUCGGAUAUCGAGUCAGACAUAGACCCGAGCAGCGCCACGGACUCUGACGGCAGCCCGCUAUCCAACCCGCAGCCCUCCUUCCCGGUGGAGAUCCUGCCGCACCUCUACCUGGGCUGCGCCAAGGACUCCACCAACCUGGACGUGCUGGAGGAGUACGGCAUCAAGUACAUCCUCAACGUGACUCCUAACCUGCCCAAUCUCUUUGAGAAUGCAGGGGAGUUUAAGUACAAGCAGAUCCCCAUCUCAGAUCACUGGAGCCAGAAUCUGUCUCAGUUCUUCCCCGAAGCCAUCAGCUUCAUCGAUGAAGCCAGAGGCCAGAAGUGUGGCGUCCUCGUCCACUGCUUGGCCGGCAUCAGCCGCUCAGUCACAGUGACAGUGGCCUACCUGAUGCAGAAGCUCAAUCUGUCCAUGAACGACGCCUACGACAUCGUCAAGAUGAAAAAGUCCAACAUCUCACCCAACUUCAACUUCAUGGGCCAGCUCCUGGACUUUGAGCGCACGCUGGGCCUGAAGAGCCCAUGCGACAACCGCAUGGCAGCACCGAGCCAGCAGCUCUACUUUACGACCCCGACCAACCACAAUGUCUUCCAGCUGGACCCCCUGGAGUCCACGUGAGGCCGGCUGUCACCACCCUCUCCUUGCUGGAAAAGCUGCGAAAAGUUUCUCCUUUUUCCGUCGUCUGCUGUGCGACUGGGCUCUUGACGUUAUUGAUACAGCUGGUUUGAGGCGACAGCUGCCGAGCGUGGUUACUGGAGGGCCAACGCUGUCUGGCCGAGAUGCAGCUGCUGCAGACUAAAUGAGGAGAGACAGUAAAAGAGACAGAGACAGAAAAGAGGAAGAGAGUCAUUUAAAAAAAAAGUGCAGAUACUUUCAACAAUCUUGUAUCUCUGUUGGACUCCUGAGGUCUUUUAUCUCUUCUUGUCAUUGUAUCUGAGGAAAGUUAUUUUGUCGGACGGCUGUAUGUUAUGCUUCAAAGUUCCUAGGUUGGUGUGCCAAAGAGACAUGAUUGUUCAAACUGGACAGAUAUGAAAAUGAAACCCUUUUUUAUCUUUGUUUUGGGGUCUAGCACUGGAUCUGCCAAGACUUUAGGGUGCGUUGUCUCCUUCGUCUUCUGUGAAGACUUGCCUGUGUGGGGUUGAAGCACCCCAGCUUUAGAUGGCACACUAUAUAUUGGACUCAAUUUUACAUUUGUGGAGUCUUUUCAAACAUUUAUACAUUGUGUAUAUACGUAUCUUAAUAUAAAAAGACAAUACAGUAAAAGCCUUGCUCUAGUAUAUACCCUUUGCAACAAGUGGGUACUGAAGAUUCUCUUAUUUCAUAUUCUACUUUUAUGUAAGCAAACAAACUGCAUAUUGAUCAGUAUGUUUAAGUUGAUUAUGCCAAAAAUCAAGUAGGCUUUCCAAUAAUUGUGCAAAAAUGUAUACAUGUGUAAUAUAUUUGAUAAUCGCUUUAUGUGUGAAUUCAGCCGAUGGGCCUUGUUUUUGCACCAACCCUCUCACAAAUCAAAGUCACCUUGGUUGUUUGCCUUACUUUUGUGCUAAGAAGGUUUUUAUUGCGCAUUACCCUUCAGAGAAAGUUACCAAUUUUCACAACUCUAAAAGUAUUCUAGAGAUUUGUUUUUUCUUUCUCACAAAAAAAAUCAACCAAACCAUGAGCAAUCUUCAUAGCAGUUUUUAAUUUGGCAUCACAUAAAAGAUAAUUUAAGCAGUCUGAAUGGCCAACUUUGUUUUUUCUGGAUCUCUGAAGGUUAAUGUGAAUAAUCCUGAUCUGUGCACAAGGGUUAAAAGUCUCUGAUAUGUGGACAAAGCAGGAGGCUUUGCUUGCCUCACCUCUUCAGGGAAAACUCUGUGAAAUGCAGUUUUUAUUUGUCAAGAUGAGAGAAGAAGAAUGGGAGAUUCAGAGGGCUGUGUUGCCCCCUCCAGAGAGAAGGCCUCUUUCCAGAGCGAGCCAUCUUGGCAAACUCUGCCACCCCCCCUCCACACUCCUCUCUUACGAAUGUAAAGAAAAGAUAAGUUAUUAAUAAAUUGCUAUUUUGUCU